AUGGCCACACCACAGCUUGCGUCAUUCAAAGUCCCAGCCGUCGAGAAUGAGCCCAUGAGGAGCUACGCUCCCGGCUCUGCUGAGCGCAAGAGCCUCGAGGCCGCCCUCGCGCAGCUGGAGAAGGAGCUACCAUUAGAGGUCCCCUGUGUCGUCAAUGGAAAGCCGGUCAAGACUGGCAAGCUGGCCAAGCAGCCGAUGCCUCACGAGUAUGCUAGGCACCUUUGCACAUACCACGAAGCUGACCAGGCGACGGUCGCGGCUGCCAUUGACGGCGCGCUGGCCGCGAAGGGGGAGUGGGAAGCCAUGCCGUGGAACGACCGCGCCGCUAUCUUCCUCAAGGCCGCGGAUCUUGUCAGUGGAAAGUACCGCUACAAGUUGAUGGCCGCAACGAUCCUCGGUCAGGGCAAGAACGCAUGGCAGGCUGAGAUCGACGCUGCUGCGGAGCUCUCGGACUUCUUGCGCUUUGGCGUGAAGUAUGUGGAGGAGCUGUACUCUCAGCAGCCGCCUAAGAAUACUCCAGGCAGCUGGAACCGUGUCGAAUAUCGUGCACUAGAGGGCUUUGUGCUCGCCGUUUCGCCAUUCAACUUCACGGCCAUCGGCGGCAACCUCUCUGCUGUGCCCGCACUUGUGGGCAAUGUGGUUGUGUGGAAGCCCUCGCCUGCAGCCACCUACUCCAACUACAUCGUCUACCAGAUCCUGACGGAGGCAGGUGUACCUCCGGGCGUCAUCCAGUUCGUCCCUGGGCCGCCGGAGGAAGUGACCGGGCAGGCCAUCGCAAACCCCAACUUCGCCGCGCUGCACUUCACCGGCAGCACGUUCGUGUUCAAGAAGCUAUGGAAGGACAUCGCGGCGAACCUCGAUACGUACAAGGGGUAUCCACGAAUUGUUGGAGAGACUGGCGGAAAGAACUUCCACAUCAUCCACCAGUCUGCAGAAAUCAAGAAUGCAGUCAUGCAGACCAUUCGUGGGGCAUUUGAGUACCAAGGUCAAAAAUGCUCUGCUCUGUCGCGUGUGUACGUUGCAUCGUCCAUAUGGAAUGCCGGGUUCAAGGAGCAGCUCCUUGCUGAAGUCGCCAAGCUGAAGGUCGGAUCUCCGACAGACUUCGCUAACUUCAUUGGCCCUGUCAUCGGUCGGCCCGCUUUCGAGAAAGUCACUAGCUAUAUCAAGAAAGCGAAGGAUGCCGGCGGGGAGAUCUUGGCGGGAGGGAGCGCGGAUGACUCGGUUGGGUACUACGUUCAACCCACUGUCAUCCUGACGAAGGACCCGAAGUCGGUGACAAUGGCCGAGGAGAUCUUUGGACCGGUCUUGACUGUCUAUGUCUACGAGGACACUGACUUCGAGAAGACGCUCGACCUCAUUGACACGACCUCACCAUAUGCGUUGACGGGCUCAAUCUUCUCGCAAGACCGCAAGGCACUCCUCCAGGCAACGAACAGGCUGCGCAACUCCGCCGGCAACGUGUACUACAACGAAAAGUGCACGGGCGCCGUCGUGGGGCAGCAACCAUUCGGCGGUGCUCGUGCGAGUGGUACGAACGACAAAGCGGGCAGUAUGUCGAUUUUCUACCGCUUCGUCUCCGCGCGGAGUAUCAAGGAGAACUUCGUCAGUCUGGAAGACUAUUUGUACCCGUCGAACCUGCAGUAAGUGCGCAUUCGCGAAGCCGCAAAUGAAUCCGAGGGGACGUAUGGCUGGAGAAGUCAAGAUAUACCUGUGUAGCAUUUGCAUAACAUGUAGCGUGAAGCUAAAAUCAUUUGUACUCCC